AUGGCAAACCAAAGCAACGAAAGCCAAUUAAUUUUUGCUUUCCAAACUUUGCGGUCGAACCCAAAACUAAGCAUUUGGGCCGCCGCUAAAAUUUAUUCGGUUGCGUUCGUUACUUUCGCCAAACGAAAGCGCGGCCGGCCUAUUCGAUGUAAUACCAUUCCCAAAUUACGGAAAUUAACGGAAUUAAAAAAAAAGCGCUUAUUAAAUAUAUAUUUA